AUGGAGGAGAGAAUGUUCCUCACAUUGAUGGUCUUUUCCUCACUCAUAGUAUUAGCAGAAACUAUUGCUCCAAAGCAUGCCAUUGAAAUCUACAGCCUCCACGUAGACUGCAAGGUCACGGCACGAUUUGCUCACACUGUCAUCACCAGCAAAAUUGUCAACCGAGCUAAUGAGUCCAGAGAGGCAACCUUUGAAGUGGAGCUGCCCAAGACAGCCUUCAUCACCAACUUCUCCAUGUCCAUUGAUGAUAAAGUAUACCCAGGGAUAAUAAAGGAGAAAGCUUCUGCUCAAAAGGAAUAUGACACUGCAAUGUCUCGUGGGCAGAGUGCCGGCCUUGUCAAAAUUACAGGCAGGAAACUGGAGCAAUUUCACGUGUCUGUCAACAUCGCAGCUGCCAGCAAAGUCACUUUUGAGCUGACGUACGAGGAGCUGUUGAGGCGGCAGCUGGGCAAGUUUGAGCUGCUCAUCAAGGUCCGGCCGAAGCAGCUCGUGAAGCACUUCCAGAUGGAUGUGCACAUCUUCGAGCCCCAGGGCAUUCGCUUCCUGGAGACAGACAACACGUUCCUGACAAACGAGCUAACCCAGGCGCUCACCACAGUGCACAACGAGACCAAGGCUCAUAUUUUAUUUAAGCCAACUGUAGAGCAGCAGAAGGUAAAUCCUGAGCUGGAUGAAACCCUCCUCAACGGUGACUUUGUGGUGCGUUACGACGUGAAGAGAGGAGCCACGGCUGGUGAUAUACAGAUUGUCGAUGGGUAUUUUGUACAUUACUUUGCACCUGAUGAAAUGCCAGUGUUUCCCAAAAAUGUCAUCUUUGUUAUAGAUCGAAGUGGCUCCAUGGCAGGCAGAAAAAUUGAACAGACGAGGGACGCCCUGUCAAAGAUUCUGCAGGACCUCCGCCCAGAAGAUCAUUUUGGCUUUAUCACCUUUAACAGCAAAGUGGUGGAGUGGAAGAGCUCUUUGCUGAAAGCCACUGCAGAGAACGUGGAGAGUGCUUCAGGAUUUGUGCAAACUCUUUCUGCUAGCGGAGGCACAGAUAUCAAUCGUGCCCUGCUGACUGCUGUCAGUGUGCUGGAUGAAGCUGAGAGGCUGCCAGAACGGAGUGUCUCCAUGAUUAUUUUGCUGACAGAUGGCCAGCCUACUGCUGGUGAGAGCAAUGUGGAAGUAAUUCAAAGAAACAUUCAGAAGGCAGUCAAUGGAAAAUAUGCUCUUUUCUGCCUUGGCUUCGGGUUUGAUGUCAGUUAUAAGUUCCUGGAGAAAAUGGCCCUAAGCAACGGGGGAAUAGCACGUCGGAUCUACGAAAACGCUGACGCGGACUUGCAGCUCCAGGGCUUUUACCAAGAGGUGGCUACUCCAAUAUUAAUGAAAAUUGAAAUGCAGUAUCCAGAAAAUGCCAUUGAGGGAUUAACCAAGAACAGUUUCAAUCUGUUUUUUGAAGGAUCUGAAAUCGUAGUAGCUGGAAAAAUUAGCAAUGAGCUUGACCUUUUGCCAGUAGAAAUUAAAGCUCAGUCACAUUCCAGUGACUUGACUCUUAAAGAAGAAGCAAAUGUGAAAGAGAAGGAGCAAGUGUUUCAGAACCUAAGCUACAUCUUUGGGAGUUUCACAGAGAGACUGUGGGCUUAUUUAACCAUUCAACAGCUCCUGGAAAAAGCUAUUUCAGCACAAGAAGAGGAGCAGAAAACGCUGGAGUCACGAGCCUUAGAGCUGUCUCUGCAGUACAGCUUCGUUACACCCCUCACUUCCAUGGUGGUCACCAAACCCGCUGACCAGCAGCAGAGGGAGCUGGCGAACAAACCCACCGAAGCUGAUAACGAGAAGCCCAGCAGGUUUCCAGGAAGAGGUCCAUGGCACAUUGAGCCCCAUCCUGGCAACAAUAGGCUGCUGCUGCCAGUAGUUGACAGGCUAAGAUUCAAAACAGGCAUACACAUACAACCUCUUGACAGGGAAUAUCCACAGCUUCUCCUGCAAUUACCCAAACAAAAUGAAGUCAUCUGUUUAAAUACUGAUGGGAAAGCACAGCACUCUGUCCACUUGCUGUCCGAUCCGGAGCAAGGACUGACUGUGACGGGGAAACUGGGGAACAGAACAAAACACUUUGUGCAGUUUGAAGUUACCUACGUGAAUCCUCCUGCACGAAUCCACGUCUCCAUGAAUGGGAUUGUGCUGAGCCACGCUAACCAGAGCACUCAGCUGCCAUGGACAGAGUCAGCCACCUCCACCAUCCAGGGGCUGAGAGUCUCCGUUGAAAAGGAAAGGAGCGUUACGGCAUCACUGUCUGAUAUGGUCACAGUAAGAAUUUCCUUGGUGAAGUUCCCAGCUCAGUUCCUCGGGCUGUACUUCCUGAACACUGACCAUUUUUCUGACCAAGUCAGUGGAGUUCUGGGCCAGUUUUACUCAAAAGCACAAUUUGAAGAGAAUUCCAACGUCAAUCAGAGAGCUGAGGAAAGACUCCUGAGAGUGUCUGGAUCUGAGCACAAAGUUACCAGGCAAUACAAGAAAGAUUACAGGCUUGAGUCAUUCAGUGAUCCUGUUUCCUGCUGGUCAAUAGAUGUAACUCCUUAG